ACUCAAUUCCACCAGCUGGUUAUUCAGGUGCUGGCCCAGUAGGGUUUCCUGUCCAACCCCAGCCUGUGUAUAAUCAACCAGGGGGACCUGCAGGGGUACCAUGGAUGCCAGCACCACACCUCCAUCAGGCUGUCCACCCGGAUUGGACUGUUUAAGUCAGAUAGAUCAGAUACUUCAUCAACAAAUUGAGCUUCUGGAAGUCAUAACAGGUUUUGAAACUAAUAACAAAUAUGAAAUGAAGAACAGCUUUGGACACAAGAUUUACUCUGCAGCAGAGGAUACAGACUGCUGUACCCGGAAUUGCUGUGGGGCUUCUCGGCCUUUUACCAUGAGGAUUAUUGAUAAUAUGGGCCAAGAAGCUAUAACUCUGGAGAGACCACUAAGGUGUGACAGCCGUUGUUGCCCUUGCUGCCUUCAGGAGAUUGAAGUCCACGCUCCUCCUCGUGUACCUGUAGGUUAUGUUACUCAGACCCGGCAUCCAUGCCUGCCAAGGUUUACAGUUCAAAAUGAGAGGAGAGAGGAUGCACUAAAAGUUAUUGGUCCAUGUGUUGGGUGCAGCUGUUGUGCAGAUGUUGACUUUGGGAUUAAAUCUCUGGAUGAAGAAACUACAGUUGGCAAGAUUUCCAAGCAGUGGACUGGUUGGAGAGAGGCAUUUACAGAUGCUGAUAGCUUUGCUAUCCAGCUCCCUUUAGACCUUGAUGUGAAAAUGAAAGCCGUAAUGCUUGGUGCAUGUUUCCUCAUUGAUUUCACGUUUUUUUGAAAGGAGUGGAAACAAAGAAUAAAAAGAAGGAGUGUGGUAGGGGAUUAAUGAAAGCCUCCUCAGAAAGUGUGGAGUCCGUGUGCUUAUUGGGACUAUGUCAAGGAAAAACUAAUUGGUUUUCUUUUCUUUAUUGAAAUGACUUCCGGCAUUUGUGAAUUCUACUAUGAUGCCUGGUAUAUGCGAUGACUUUUCAAAUUAUAGGGUUUAUUUUCCAUAUCACUUACCUAUAAAUGUUCUUAUGCAUCUUGGUUUGUUUUAUACAUUUUCUUUUUCAUUGUGUAUUUUAGAGAAAGGACAUGUUAAGUUUUACAUUUAGUCAUGAAAUUUCCUGUGGCAAG